GUAGAGGACGAUUACAAAUGGCUGUGUACAUGCUACUGAUAUGGCUGGAACGACGAGCAGGUAAACGAUCCAAGACAAUGCGUGGACCCAAAGCAGCCGAGGACCACACUCCAGUCGACCUUGACAAUCCAGAUGUUGAAAACCAGCUGAACAUCUACUAUACGCGUGUGACGAUUUGGGAAAAUGUAUAUGAUGUUGCUCAGUAUUUGCACGAACUGGACAGUUUGGAUAUCAAAGAGCACAAAUUGGAUCCGGCCGAUAUUUCAAAUGCCGCAUUUUGUACCUGCAUGAAUCAAUGGUAAGCUCUUUAUGCACAAUGGAAAAAGGGACUGCAUGUUCGCUGACAUACAUACAUUCGGUUGCCCUCAUGUCUAUAUACAGUCUUUCACGUGUAGUACCUGAUUGGACAAAACGCUUACUCGAUCAAUGCACUGAAGGCGACUUGAUGUAUAAUGCCGAACCAUCUUCAUCACAAACGCCUACCAUUGUAGAUUCACAAACCUCAACUCAGUCUUUGCCAUCCUCACAACAGAAACAACAACCACAACAGCAAAAUAAACGGUCUUUUCAACAAAAGCAUCAAAAGAAACGUGAACGGCCACCACCGGAUCGCAUUUCAACCAGCAGUAGUCAUCGUUCGAAGAGGAUGAAAACGUCGAAUCUGAAGGACUUGCCAUUUAUGCGACGCGAGGUGGAUCUUUCUGUACGCAAACGUCCUGAAAAGUCAACAAAAGCCGUAGCGGAAGAAGCCACCAUGGCACGGAUCCAACGAUCGGCAGUCAACGGUGUUCCUACCAUGAAACGUGUCGGUAGUUUCAUCAAAAGUGCCAUGUCACCUCGACGUAAGUUCCUGGAUAUAUCCAACAAAAAGGGAUCCAAAAGCUGAAAAGAGCAAAAAAAAGGGGGGGGGGGUGCUGGUAGACCUGAACCUAAAUUGGAAAAAAAAAUACACUAGGCUCCAAGCCAGAAAAACACGAAGAGGAAGAAGAUCGAAUACUCAAAAUACGACAGCCAGCGUCACCUACAACGCCA